CCGCUCGACUCCCAGACCACUAUCGAUUGCUCGGCGCUCAACUCUCUUAGUCAGGCGGCCUGGGAUCGAGCGUCGAGCUAUCGAUUCCGGGAGUGACAGCUAUGGCGUCCGGCGAAGAAAGAGGGAGGGACGCCGCCAACAGGGGGUGCGUCUGAAUUGCUGCAGGGUUUCUGCCAUCUUGAAUUAUUUCAGCCUCCUUUUAAAGGUUUGGUGAGCCCAGGUCACUUAUGGCGGCACAGUACAAUGCUCCGUUUGAUGAACAAGGUGAAGUGCGAGAAGGAUUCCUGUGCCCGCUGUGCCUGAAAGAUCUCCAGUCCUUUUACCAGCUGCACUCUCACUAUGAGGAGGAGCACUCCAGUGAGGACAGGGAUGUCAAGGGUCAACUCAAAAACCUGGUUCAGAUUGCUAAAAAGGCAAAGAAUAAACUUCUGAAGAAGGAGGGAGGCGAGCGGGCCGAGGGUGGAUCCCAGGAUCGCUAUGAGGCUUACAGCUAUGGAGGAGUGGACCCUUGUAUGUGGGACCCACAAGAAAUAGGCACAGUUCGUAGUCACCUGUCAGAAUUUAAGAGGCAGCGAGCCGCUAGAAUUGAUCACUAUGUGGUGGAAGUCAAUAAGCUUAUUAUACGUCUAGAAAAGCUAACAUCGUUUGAUCGUAUUAAUACGGAGUCUGCCAAGAUAAGAGCCAUAGAGAGAUCGGUGGUACCAUGGGUCAGCGACCAAGAUGUGCCCUUUUGCCCAGACUGUGGGAACAAAUUCACCAUUCGCAACAGACGACACCAUUGCCGGCUUUGUGGGUCCAUAAUGUGCAAGCGAUGCACAGAGCUUAUCACCAUUCCAUUUGCCAAUAAAUUAACUAGCGCCAGCAAACACUCCAUCUCUACCCAUGGCAGUCCAAACUUAUCCCCAAACACUAGUGCUCAGACCUCUCGUCGGGGCAGCAUCAGUAGCCUCAGCAGCGUCAGUUCUGUUCUGGAGGAGAAAGAUGAUAAGAUCCGCUGCUGUCAGCACUGUAAGGACACACUACUAAAGAGGGAAAUGCAAAUGGAUGAGAAGGACCACACACCAGAAAUUGUCAAAGUCUACCAGAGACUCCGUAUCUGUAUGGAGAGAGUGGAUGAAAAGGCUCCUGAAUAUAUCAGGAUGGCGCAGUCUAUAAAUGCUGGGGAGACAACCUACAAUUUGGACCAUGCUAACAACCUGAGAAUGGAGGUCCAGAAACUUUAUGAGUUAAUAGAUGCUUUAAGUAAGAAAAUACUAACCCUGGGAUUAAAUGAAGAACCCAAACCCCACCCUAAAAACCUACAGCUGCAGAAGAUGAUCAGAUACUCAGCGACAUUGUUUGUGCAGGAAAAACUGCUAGGGUUAAUGUCUCUGCCAACUAAGGAGAAGUAUGAAGAGUUAAAGGAAAAACGGAAACUGGAAAAUGAGCAGAAACUACAACGAGAACGUCAGGCUGCUCUUGAAGCACAGAGGAGAGGAGAUGAGAAACAAAAAGACUCUUUCGUGCGGUCCUCUGAUGCUGUGAAUGGCGUGCUUCAGCAGAGAGGCCGCAUUCGUAAAGUGGAAGGAUGGUUACCGACAUCUGGUGUUACUCGAAAUCGAGAAACCUUUGACCCUCUCCUCCAACAAAUUGAGAACAUAACUUCCUACAUCCAGCAGGCUCAGGCGGCCGGUCGCGUGGACGAAGUUCAUAUGUUAAAAGAAAACCUGAGGCAGCUGCAAGAUGAAUAUGACCAGCAGCAGGUGGAGACAGCCAUAAGGAUUUCCAAAAAGCUAGCAGAAGAUGAGGAAAUGCAAAGAGAACAGCUGGAGGUACUUAGAAAAUGUGAGGAAAGCAGGGAGCAGAAGAAGAAUUUGUCCCAGCAAAAUAGAGCUCACUCCUUGGACUUUGGAGACCGUCGGCAGAUGUCGGGAUGGCAGGAUAAACACACGGCAGCGCUAGAUCUCCAACUUCCUAGACAAGAUGUUAUUCCUGUGCAGCCUCCGAGUCCUCAAGACACAAGACUGGUCCUCCCUUUACAUAUCUCUCCUGUUCUCCCGAGUAAAACUGUGAGCAUACCUGUGUCCUUGAAUCCCUUUGAGGAGGAAGAUGAUGUGUCAGAGGUGACCCCUUCAGACCAGAUCCAGCAGAAUGGAAACAAGGAAUACAAUCCAUUUGAUGAGGAUGAUGAGGAAAAUCCAGAAGAACAAGGAGGAAGCACCCAUGAGAUUUCACAAACCUCUUAUAAUCCCUUUGAAACCUCUCCAGAACAUGACUGUACACCACAAGUUCCAAAAAAUCAAUUUAAGGAGGAUGAAGGAGCUUGCAUCGGGAAUCCAUUUGAGGAACCUGAUGAUUUGGGAGCAAAUGAAGAGGAGUUGAUUGAGGAGGAUCUGCUUCUACAACAGAUCGAUAACAUCAAAGCUUAUAUAUUUGAUGCCAAGCACAGUGGAAGGCUGGACGAGGUGGAACUCCUAACUGAGAACCUGAAGGAACUAAAGAAGACCUUGGCCAAACAGAAAGGACAAACAAAGUGAUCCAGAAUCCAAUGCUUGGUUGUCAUAGUCCACUUCUACAUUACCGAGUUCUUACCAGCAAAGCCUAUGGUAUCAAAAGCAUUAACCAGACUAUGCUGGGGUGCUUCAUAAUGACCAGCACAACUGCUUUUGGAUCACUACUGUAUAUUUCUGGUAAAUGUAUACAUUGGACUGGAAAGGUGGGUUGGAACUUUUAUUAACCCUUAUGCUGCCUAACUUUGUGCCACUGAAUGUGAAGGGUCCUUUAAAGGUUCUAUUUAAUCCCAUGAGCCCAUAAUAUGGAUUAAUCCUUAGGGAUAUUAGCCACUGUCCAUAGAAACGAUAUUACAUGGACCAUAUGAUGGUUUGAGGAGAUGUGAUCUCGACAGAAUGAUCUGUUACAUCUUAUAACACUACAGAACAUGGUAUACAAGCAGAGACCAUAGGAUAUUAUGAGAUAUGGGGAAGCUGUCGGCCUGUUGUUUGUCUCUAAAUUGUGAGCCUUGUAGAAAAGAUGUGAUCACUCGCAUAACCUGAUAACUAGAACAAUUUUGCAUAAUUUUAAGGGUAUAUUUACACCUUUUAAACACCAUGUUUACAUAUAUAUAUAUAUAUAUAUAUAUAUAUAUAUAUAUAUAUAUAUAUAUAUAAUCUACAUAUAAGGUAACGCUGUGUUCAUACAUUGCAUUACAGAUCCUGCACUGAUCCUGAAUAACAUACUGUUAUAUUUCAGACCUACGCUCACAAUUCUGCUGGUUACGCAAGGGACAUUUAUUUUUUCCCACAUCACACUACUUGUCAAUUUCUUCUGUAAAGAUUUCAGCUUCAAACUCUGCAUGUACACACUGACUCAUCCGGCAGAAUGGUAAGUGCAGUAUAUAACAGGAUGUAACUCGGGAUCAGUAUCGGAUAUGUAAUAGAUUUCCAAAGUAACUUUUUAUGUAGAAUUUUUUAAUAUGUAAACUGUAAAACAAAGCUUAAAGGUGAACAUACAAUACAGCGGCUAAUACUAUAUGCAGUAGCAUCUCAACCAUUAGUCAGGGUGUUAUGCUCUGAUGAUCUUUCUUUUAGUCACCAUAAAUGUCCGUCAAAUAUAUAAUUAGGUAAUGCAAAGUAUAUAUACCCUAUCUAUGAGCUUUGCAAGCACUUUGGGGGGAAUUUAUUAAAAGCAGCAUCUGAGAGUAACAGAAGGCUGGCUUAAAGGGG